UGCAUAUCACCAAAUGCGUCAGCGUCACGGGUCCUGUUCUAGCGAUCGACUAGUUUUCACGUGAGGUAGAGGCGAUGACAUACAGCGCUAUUUUGAUCGGCACAAUUGACUCCGAGAGAACUCUUCGUUUGCACUUUGAACACAAAUACGACGUGACAAGUUACUCAUUAACAGUUGCCCCGCACCCUUGUCCUCAACAUGCGAGAUAUCCAAUCAUUUUCCAAGCUACAGCCAGUGCCGUCACCGGUUCGAACCGUAAGAUACGUCGACAAAAACUAAUCUUUUCGCCAUUUUGAUUUCUCGUGAGAAUCAGGCGAAGCAGCGUUUUCGGAUUCAUCUGGAUCUGCAAGUUUCAAUUUGAACACAGGAACAAGACAACAGGACACGAUGAACCCGGUAACUCCGAUUCCGACCGUGCAGAUGCAGGUGGCCUCCCCGCAGCUUCCCCGGCGCAGCCGGUACACCUGCUCGGUCAAGUCGCUGGGGAUUUUACAGAUCGUCCUGGCUGGGGUGUCAGCCGCUUUGGGCGUUGCAGCCGCUGUUGUCUCGGGGUACUACACCUUGGCAUUUAUCGCGCCUGGUGCUUGGGGAGGACUCGCGUUUUACCUCCCCGCUGGAAUCCUGGGCAUAUUGUCCAUUACAGUCGGUGUUACUUCGCGAAGAUGUUUGGCGAUUGCAACCAUGGUCAUGUCCAUUCUUGCCGCAGUCAUGGCUGGUACCAACAUCAUCCUAUACGGCAUCUGCAUUUCUGAAAGUGCCUAUUACCGCUACUCCUACUACUUUGAUGUCUCUGCAGAACUCGGGUUGAGUUCAGUCCUGGUGGUCGCUUCCCUGACGGAGCUGGUUGUGUCGAUCGUUGCUUCCGCCUAUUGUUGCUACGUCAUGAAGGAAUACCAGCCGGCAACCACCACGAUCCAGUACGGACACCCAGCCAUGUAUAAUAUGUACAACCAACAACCGGCUGCUUACCCAGGGCCAACCGCCGCCCAGGCUCCUGCGAUGUUUGUAACCAACCAGGCCGCUGCUGCUGCCCCGCCCCCCAGCUACGGGAACGCCGCUGAAGCCGGCAUAGAUGAUCCCAGAAAGGGCAAUAUCAACUUGGCUUGAGUGUUCUUCACAAAACGGCCGUCGUUUUUUUUUAAGAAUCAACCGGCAAAAACAAUAGACAAAGACAUCACCUGUACAAAUACUAAAUAAAACUUUUGCGUUAACUGGAAAAACAAUCGUUAAAAACAAUUUGUCAAUUUCAAAUUGACCAAAUUUCUUGUGCUGUUUGAUUUCUCUUCUGUGUACCCAGUUUCUCUGUAAAUAGUGUUAGAAACCACAACAUGAAAGCGUGCAGAAGGUUCGCAACUUGGCCCAAUUUCACGGCGCGCUGCUAAGCAAACGAUUUCUAGUCAUAGUAGUGUAUGCUUAGUUCAUGGAUACUGUGACCAUUAAGCAUAGCAAAAGGCACGCUCACCCCGGAUGAAAAAUUUACCUAUUAACUUAGUGACGUGACAAUGGAAAUCUCCAAGCGCCUCGAUGCAAUUUUUGUGUUAAGCACAGCAACCGUGUUUAUAAUGUUCACCGUGAAAUACUCUUACCGUCUGGCACAUUUUGUGCCAUGGUUAGAAAAAUAAACGUGGUAAGCAGCUCGGCAAAAUAAGCACAUUGCGAGCUAAAUUUGAAUAAAGUCUGGUACGAUGAGUUAUCUGACUGCACAUUAACGUAACGAUUUGAAUUCCCCUGACUGA